GUUGAGCUAAACCCUAAAGUCUCGCCCCGUCAGCUAUCGUAGGCGGAGCGGGGCUGCCACUCUAGCUGGACCGGAAUCGUUUUCCAUCGUUGAUCGGCAUGGCUUCGGGUCUGUUGGAGUCUACAGAAUUCAUAAAUUUAUCUAAUGCUGUCCCUUUAGUGGGAGCAAACUACGAUCUCAAGCUGAAACGAUCAAUCCAAGACCUUUUAGCUGAAAUUCGCCGAGAAGCCCCGAAUUUAUCUCUCUAUGUUGAUAUAUUUUAUCAGUUAGUGCAAGCUAAGGCUGACGCACCCUUUGAGGCGAUCUGGGUCUAUGCUUCGCUUAGCUUUCGUUGCCGUGAUUUUGCUGAAGGUGAUGCCUUGGAUCGAAUAUUAAUUGCAAAAGACUUAUUUCAGCUAUUGUCUGCAUGUUCGGCUUCGUCUGUGCCUCAAAAUGCAUCGCAUUGUUGGUUCCAGUCGUAUUUGAGGUACACAGGGUGAUCCUGAAAUUAUUUGCUGGGGAAUUAAGUGUUAAGAGAGAGAAGAAAGCAAUGAAGGAGGCCAAGUCUUUAUUGGAUAAUAUUCUUGGGUAUAUAAGUGUUUGCUGUUGUAGGAACUGUGACGACGAUCAUGGUUCUGUUUGCCCGAACUUGAUUAUCCCUUUCACGGAUUUGGUUAAUGUCUGGGCAAGUGCAAAUGAAGAGUGGGAAUCUUUCUUGCCGCUUGUAAGCAGUGAUGUUUGUCGUUGGAUUUCUACGAGAGUAUUAGACGUUGGCUACUUGGCUGCUGCGGUUAUUAUUCAAGCCUUUUUGUUGAAAAUGUGCUUCAGUUUCCAUUUGGCAAAGCUAACGGAUGAAUUGGAAAAGAAUUUGAAAAGUUGGGCGGUUAGCACAAUAUCUAGCUUUCGGAAUGCAUGUUUUUACGAGAUCCUCAUGAGGACAACCCUGGCGACGCCAUUGCCUCUGAGCUCGAUAUUGAAACCUGAAGAUGAAGUCCUGUUGAGGAAAGUUCUGUUCGAUGCUGUUUUAUUAGUGGAAUACCCCUUCCUUUACCAAAACGCCAAGCUCAUGCAGAGCCUAACCUUGACUAGAUUGAUUGUUACUCAUGUGGCGGUAGAGUAUUUUAGAGGCACUGGGGAUGAAAACAGAGCACUCUCCUAUGGAAAGAUCUUUUCUGCUUCCCGUGUACCUUCGCAAAUAGUUAAAUGGGUUAAAAACCAGCACAAUUUGGAGGAUAAAGCAAGUAGAAUAAAUGGAUCCUCUCACAGUGCUGUUUUGAAAUGGCUUUCGAGCCUAGAAGAUAAAGGGAUUGAAGUUUUUGGAGAUGAUUUUUUAAGAAGUCGCGCCAAGUUAGGUCUUGAUUUAUCCCAGGCAGGGCAUCUGGAAGCUAACUUGGAGGGCAAGAUAGCGGAUGAUGACCUUUUUUAUGUUGACAAGACAAUGGGGGAGGAAAAUACAAGCGAGGAGGAAGAGCAAAACAAACUGGCAAGUGCUGCAUUUGUAGCUGCUGCAAAAACUAUGAAGGUAACUGAUGUUGGCAAGCGAAAACGAAAAGGUAAAAGUACUGAAAGGAAGAUUAAAUCUGUCAAGUAUGAGCUCCUUCCAGAUCCAAGGCCAGUUAGUGCUGGCACUUCAAUAAGUAAGGAUGGUUCAGGUGGUGAGAGUGAGAUAGAUGAUCCAGUUGAUUCAGACUCCCAAGAUACGGAGCGAUGAGUCUGUAUAAUUUGGUAAAGCCUGCAAUCAUGGUGGCUCUAUGUUGGAUGCCGCAUUGGCUCUCUUGGUAUUUCCUUGCGGCGCAUAGGAGGAUAUUUUUUUUAGGGCUUGCUAAAUUGCUCCUUGAUAAGCAAAAGAUAGUGCGAAAUUUCAGGGACCUGUGAGAGCCUGCAGCUACCAUGUACACCACAGUUUUGUCAGCUGUAUCCAACCUUUGUUACUUUUUCAGAUGGUUUAACUGAUGCAGGCUACGUCUGAUACUCAAAUCCCAAAGAUGAGUGGGAGAGGGCCAAAAAAAAGGAAAAAUGAUAUAAUGUUGAUGAUAUUAUUGUUAUUGUUAUUUAAAUUAGUAGUAGUAUCUGUUUGUUUUAAUGUUUU